AUGUCUUCAGACGGAGCCUCCCCCUCGGAAAUCCUGCUGGACGCGGCCCGCCGAAACAACGUUGAGCAGCUCGAGAGCGUGCUCUCUGGAGGCGCGGCUCUCAUCAACGAGUCGCGUGACCCUCUGGGCAACACGGCUCUUCAUCUUGCUGCUGCCAAUGGCGCCUACGACACCCUGGACCUGCUGCUGGACCAGGAGGGCGUCGAGGUCGACCCCGUGAACCGAAUCAACGGCGACACUCCACUACAUCUGGCUGCCCGGGCCAUCGCCAAGGCUCCUGAGGUGUCGGUGGCCAUUAUCGACAUGCUGGUUGAUGCAGGCUCGGACGUGAAACACGAAAACAAGGAGGGGCUCAAGCCCAUCGAUCUGGUGUCAGAAGAAGACACACAGCACGGAGAAAGUUUACGAGCAGCCGAGAUGGCGUUGCUGAUGGGAGAUGGUGGUGAGUACAAACGGGCACUACCGCGCCAAGCGGUGAAGUGUGAGAGAGCGCUGGGUACACCUAGCGAAGCGAAGACGGACUAUCCCACAGCUUGCCAGACUAAAUCUGCACGGAUCACCAUGACUCAGUCAGAGACGCAAAAUCAUGGCGAUUUCAUACACCCUGCAACAAGGCAGAUUGUGGUUGCUGUCUGCGUCAAUGCUGUUCCUUGUAGAUCUAUCUGUGUUGCCUGUGUCAUGUAUGCUUAG